GGUCACCCGCGUGGGUUUGCGGACAGUCGCGUUCUCUGCGAUUCGGCCGAGGCCGAGGCCGAGGCCGCGAGAGCGCCAAGACAAUCGCAGCUCGCGCACCUCGAAGCGCCGCAGGCUCUGUGGUCGCCCCUGGCAGACUGUUGCGCUUCGUGGUCUUGAGAUGUUUUGCCAAUGGAGAGAGGGAGAGAGAGCUAUGUGCUGAUAUCUCGACGGCCCUGAUCCUGUUCGGAACCACCGGAAUAUUGCCAGAUCGCAUUCCCAAUUGUUGUGUCGUGUUCAGAGGUGCUGGCAGCUCGUUUGUGCCGGAAUGCGACGGCGAUUGAUCUGUCGGCGCAUCUUGGUCAACCAAUGUUCCGCACAUUUCUUGUGCAUAUUUGGUUGAGAAUGUUUUGUUCAUGUUUCCAGAUGUUCGCACUGCCUCCUGCGCUCACAUAUGAAGUUUACCAUUUGUGCAGGAGGACUGACCCUGAAUCAUGAACAAGGCCCGCGCGAUGCUGGAUGCCCUCAUGGGCCCCGGCCGCGACGCGCAGCUGGAAAAGGAUAAGGCCAAGGCCAAGGAGAAGUUCAAGGAUUCGGACGUCUGCAAGAGCUUCUUGGUGGGCAUGUGCCCGAUGGAGCCAGCGUUCCUCGGAGGCAAGCGGAACUUCCAGGCAUGCGAGAAGAUCCAUUCGGAGGUCAUGAGGCAGCAGUUCGAGGCCCACCCCGACACGAAGGACUUGAGGCGCGAGUACGAAAGCGCAUUGCUCGCGAGCCUCAAGUACGCCGUUGGCGAGUGCGAAUUCCGCAUCAACAAGGAGAAGGCCAGGAUGUCGGACGACUGGUCGCGGAAGAAGCCGCCACUUCCCGCCACCAUCAUCGACAAGCUCUCGAAGCUGAAGAGAGAGAGCUCCUCUCUGGUCAAGGCCGCCGAGGAGAUCGACGACGACAGGUUCCAAGACAAGCUGGCGAUGACCGCGAGGGCCAACGAGUUGGCCAAGGAGGCCAACGAUCUGGAGGAGGUGGAGCUGAAGAAGGCCGUGGAGACGGGCGUCUUCGAGGAGGUGUGCGAGGUCUGCGGCACGUGCUUCACCGGGAAGACAGCCGACGCCGCGCACCAGCAGUUCAAGAUUCACACUGCCUACAAGCAGAUCAGAGAGAAGUUUGCGGAGCUGGACUCGAGGAGGGCGGAGCUAUCCUCUGGCCAGCCGAAGGAGGACAAGGACGGGGGCCCAAAGGCUCCGCAGGAGAAACGGGAUGCGGACCCGAGGAGGGGCCGGGACAAGUCCGCGGACAGGGGCGAGCCCGACGUGGAGGCCCACAAGGACAGGGAGAAGGAGAGGACCAAGGAGCCCGCCAGGGACAGGGAGAGGGACCGCGGCAGGAGUAGAGGCAGAGAGCAGGAGCGCCGCCGCGGUGGCAGCGACAGAAGCAGGAGCCGCGGUGGCAGAGGCAAGGACCGCCGGAGAGACCGCAGCGACAGCGACAGAGGUCGAGGAGCGAGAAGAGGCCGGAAGGACAGCAGGGACGCCAGCAGAGGGAGGAGGCGUCGCCGGUGAGGAAGGUUGGCGCUACCUCAGGCAGAUUGCGGCAGUCACUCCCUGAGCUGAGCCAGGCGCAACGGGCGCCAGCAACGGCGGUCUCGAUAUGAUGUGGUGCCCGAGCGCAAAGAGGCACAAGAGAAGGGCGCAG